UCUGGAUCGAGAUGGACGAACGAUCACGAGGAAAAGAAGAAAGAGGCCAAGUGGGAGGGUAGGAAAGAAGCGGACGGACGGAUGGAUCUGAGGAACAAAUCAAAGAAACGCAUCGGAGGGACCGAUCGGAAGAACGGAUCGAAGAACGGAUCAGUGAUGAACUUGAGACGGAUCGAAAGCAGAGGCGAAUAA